AUGGCAAGAGAACCCCUGCGCGUGCUGGAGUUGUACAGCGGGAUUGGCGGCAUGCACUGCGCCCUCCUGCACGCCCAGAAGUUAAGGGCCUUCCGCAGGCAGAGGGGCCUUACACUUGACCGGUGCUGCUGCGGGGGCAUUCCGAGGCCUCUUAUCAAGAGCUCCGUGCCUGGGCAGAGUGCAGAGGUGGAGGUCGCCGCAGCAGACCGUUGCACCUGCAUGUGCGGUCUCACAACCCCCCCUCGCGUUGCACGACGAAAGCCCGAGGAUUCUGUAGCGGCGGAGGCACCUGCAAUAGUUGUCGAUGGAGCUGCAGCUCAGGCUUUUGAGGCCCUUACGGCCGACAACAUCCCCCUUGACGGCAGCUCGUACUGUGUGCAUCCGCUGUUGGAUUCGCGGCCACAUACUACAGCAGCAGAAGCACAAGCAGACGCAUCACCAACUGAGGGGCAGUGCGCAGCCGCCUCUGCACGCGCCGUGGAGAGCCACAGAUGCAAGAACAUUCCCUUUGAAGUAGUGGCGGCUGUGGAUGUAAGCGACACGGCCUGUGCCGUGUAUCGCCGCAAUUUUUGCCGGCAGCAGGCGGAGCAGCAGCCACACAACGACCGCCUGCAACAGAAAGCGCGUAAAAAGGGCUUGCAUAGCAGAGCAGAGGGGGACCCCGUAUGCCUUUCUGUGGGCAUAGAGCGCCUGCCCCUUUCCUUUUACGAGAACGCAGGAGCCUCCCUAUGGGUGUUGGCUCCCCCGUGUCAACCCUUCGCGCGCAGGGGUCUUAAGCAGGAUUUUAGGGAUGCGCGAUGCGCAUCGUUCCUGCAGUUGCUGAAAGUGUUGCAGGAGCUGCCGCCUCCGGCACUGCCACGUUUCUUGCUGCUCGAGAAUGUGGGGGGGUUCGAGAAGAGCGAGGCCUACGAGUUGCUAAUGCAGACGCUCAUAGAUCUUCACGGAUACGAGUGCGUCUUCGUGCUGCUGUUGAACCCCCUACACUUUGGCCUGCCUAACUGCCGUAGCAGGUGCUUCGUGCUCGCGCGCAAGCACCACCCCAGAGACAGCGCCUAUGCACAGUGGCUGCGGGCGAUUGCGCCUUACAAUGAGGCUGCCAGUGCGUCUAUUCAACCGCCUACACCCGGAGAAGCGCGCGAUGCAUCUCCCGCUGCUGCUGCGUUGGAUGCAAGAAGGCGCCGGCCGGUAGUUUUGCACGGCAUACCGGGGUUGUAUUCCUCUCAGGCGUUUUUCUGCUGUCCUAUAUGGCCCCUUGAAGCGUUUUUGGAGCAUGAUUUACCCCCACGCUGCAAUGUGACUAGUGGGGAUACAACCAGUGGGGGCGACUCUGGUGCACCCAUAUAUUGCAAGGGGAAGAGCAAUGACUGCACUAGCAGUGAGCUACUCAUGGGCAGCCAUGACAAGGCGCCUUUUGAGGCGCCUUCCUCUAUGCCCCCUGCAUCUCGUGAAGCCUCCACUGUUGUGGGGGAAGCCGUAUCACUACUCCUUCAUCCGCAGGCGCACAACCAUGAGCAGCUUUCUGCUCUGGAGCUCAAACUCAAGCAGAAGAAGAAGGCGUGGCACAUUGUUGACCUCGUGACACGCACAAGCGCUCGCAGCAGCUGCUUCACGCGCAACUACGGGAAGAGCGGCCUUGCGCAGUACGGCAGUAUCCUUCUGAUUGACGACCUGCAGGAGCUGCUGAUGCACCGCCAAGGCGAGGGAGAGACUCAACACGCUUCACACAAAAAUCCGCAAAAACGCACUGUAGAAUUGCACGAUCUGCUUUCACCCGAAACGCGCUGCCGCUUUUUCUCCGUCAGGGAGCAGCUAAGGCUCCACGGUUUCCCCUCCUGGUUCGCUUUCACGGAUGCAGAAGAGGCGAGGGAGCAGCCGAGGCAGCAGCACGGCGAGAAGCAGCAGUACAGGCUCAUGAUUGGUAACAGUCUCAACGUUUACCUCGUUGGAAUGCUGCUUGACUUCCUCAUAGGAGACGAUGAACUUUGA